GCUUCCGGAAACACACCGGAAGUAGCCGAGCAGAAGAACUACAGUCCGCUGUUUUGAAUCUAGCCCGCAGUUUAUACUACCUGUGUACAUACCUGUCAUUUAUAUGUACUGGCCGAUGUUUUACCCCCCAACAUUUUUUUGUAUAGAUUACGACAUCUGUCUUAGCCAUAGCCUUAUAGUUGCCUAGUAAACAAAGCAGCUAAUUUGAUGUGGUAUUUAAUGUUAGCUGUGCGCUAGCCACCGUAAGAGGGAGAAUGCCCAAUUUUUGCGCGGCUCCGAACUGCACGCGGAAGAGCACGCAGUCGGAAUUGGCAUUUUUUCGGUUUCCAAGGGACCCCGAACGAUGCCGAAUGUGGGUAGAAAACUGUCGCCGGGCAGAUCUAGAGGCCAAGACAGCAGAACAGCUAAACAAGCACUACAGGUUGUGUGCCAAACACUUUGACCCAGCAAUGGUCUGCAAAACUAGCCUAUAUCGAACGGUGUUGAAGGAUACAGCCAUCCCCACUAUGUUCGAUCUGACAAGCCACUUGACAAAUCCACAUAACAGAUUUCGCAAGCAAAUCAAAGAACUCACGGAAGAGGACAUAAGGAAGAUUAAAGAGAGGAGAUUGGCCGUUUCCAUCACACAGUUGAUCUCCAAAAAGGAUUCAACGGCAGAGGACAGCCCCACCAAUGACGGCGAGCCCCAGUUGUCCCCGGAGGAGAAGGAGUUCAGAGACUACCUGCACUCCUUGUUCAAGGUCAUCGUUCUGCUGGGCAAGCAGGGGAUCCCCCUGACCACGGGCCGAGCCCCGGACGCAAGCGAGCCCUACUGCAACAGCAACUUCCAGAUGCUGCUGAACUACCACAUGAACGCCGGGGACGCGGGCCUGAGGAAGCGCUUCGAGGGGACGGCGGUGAACGCGCAGUACCUCUCAGACGUCCAGCAGAGCCAGCUCCUGGAGGUGUGCGAGAACACGGUGCGGGAGGAGAUCCUCAUGGAGGUGAGGGACAGCCGCUUCUUCUCCCUGGUCACGGGCGACCUGGUGGAGUUCGACGGGGAGAAGCACCUGCCGCUGUUCCUGCGCUUCGUCAACCAGCGCAACCUCCUCCGCGAGGAGUUCCUGGACCUUCUGCCCUUCGAGGAGAGCGAGCUGCUGCUGGUGGAGAAGCUAGAGGGCCAGCUGAGCGACCGCUGGGGGCUGAGCAUGGAGGACUGCCGGGGCCACGCCCACAAGGCCACGGGCACCUCCACCACCAAGAUGAAGGCGGUGGCGGUGAUGCUGAUGGAGAAGUACCCCCUGGCCCUGCACAUGCCCUGCUCCACCACAGCGCUCAACAUCCACCUGGCCAACAGCCUGCCCUUCCCCAACGUGCAGAACGUCAUGGAGGCGCUCAGGAAGAUCGAGGCGUUCUUCCGCCGGCCGUCGGCGCAGUGUGAGCUGGAGAAGGCCCUGGCCAGCUGUUUCCAGGGCAACGAGGAGAAGGAGAGUGCGCUGAAGCAGGCGAGCCGCACCUGCUGGACGGAGCAGCACAACGUCUUCGACCUGAUGGUGGACAUGCUGGAGUCGCUGGUGCUCUGCAUGGAUAACGUCCGCCACAACGACGGCGGCAGGUUCCCCGGCGACGUCGUCGCCGACGCCUACUCCAUCUCGGAGAUCCUGGCCGACUUUGAGCUCGUCGUCACCAUCGUCAUACUGAAGAACACGCUCACGUACACCCGGGCCUUCGGUAGGAACCUUCAGGGCGAGACCCAGGAGGUGUUCUUCGCCGCCAAAAGCCUGACCGCCGUCCUGCACUCGCUCAACGAGGUGAUCGACAACAUCGAUGUCUACCACGAGUUCUGGUUCGAGGAGGCGGCGGGCCUUGCGGCCGAGCUGGACGCCGCCGUGGCGGUGCCGCGCCUCUUCCUGCGCAAGCAGCGCUCGGCGGACAUGGGCGACGUCCAGGCGGAGGCGUACUUCAAGGAGUACGUGACCAUCCCGGUGAUCCGCGGCGUGAUCCAGGAGGUGGAGGAGAUGUUCUCGGAGACCAACCUCAAGGCCCUCAUGUGCCUGUCGCUGGUGCCGGCCGUCAUGGGCCAGAUGAGGUUCAACACGUCGGAGGAGAACAACGCCGACGUGUACCGCGACGACCUGCCCAGCCCCGACACCCUGCCGGCCGAGUUGCACUGCUGGAGGAUCAAGUGGAAGCACCGCGGCAAGGAGGUGCGCCUGCCCACCAGCAUCCAUGAGACGCUGCAGUUGCCCGACGUCAAGUUCUUCCCCAACGUCAACUCCUUCCUCAAGGUGCUCGCGGCGCUGCCCGCGCUAAGGUUCGACCACGACGGCGAGACGGAGCCCGCCAGCCGGCGGCUGCACGCUUACCUGGAGGCCACGCCCCCUGCGCAGCGCAACCGCAGCAUGGCGGUGCUGCACGUCAACGCGCACGUCAAGCACGACCUGGACGUCAUGGUCGACCAGUACUGCCGGCUGUACCCGGAGGAAGAGGGGGAGGGGGAGCCCGUCGGGGAGGGGGAGCCCGUCGGGGAGGUGGAGCCCGUCGGGGAGGUGGAGCCCGUCGGGGAGGUGGAGCCCGUCGGGGGGGCGGAGCCUGCUGGGGAGGAGGAGCCUAUGGAGGAGGACACGCCCACACCCACCACCACCAAAACCACAUGAGGUGCAGCUUGGGUGGGAGAGGCUAUUUGAAGACAUUUAUUGCUGACGUUAUUUUAUUAGUUCUUUAUGGUGAGACUUUAAUAGCAGAUCUAUAGAAGAAAACUUUUUUCUUAACUCCCUGAUCCGGAAGAGGGAGUAAUGCUGGUUGGUUAUGUGCUUCGCCCUUCCACAAUGUAUAGGGUUGUCAACAGUGAUGGGACCGGUACACUGACUCAUUCUCUAUUUGGUUUUGAUAAAAUAUUAGUCAGUGUAUUUUGGCUCAUGUUAUGUUCAUCCAUAUAUAUAUAUAUAUAUAUAUAUAUAUAUGUAUGUGUGUGUGUGUGUGUGUGUUCUUUGUUUCAAUAUAAUUGUAAUAAAUCCGAAUGAUUAUCUUUAAAUGGGUCUUGUUCUCAGAGUUUGGUGGAACCUAAAUACAAAUAAAAUGGAGUAAAGUAGUGCAAGACA